CGCUUACACUGAAAUAUGUCAAAAUUAUUAGUAUUUAGUUUGAUCCAAGCUAGCCAAUCGCAGCUUAGCAAUAUCUUCAGCCACCUGGUCAAAGAGCUGGAAAGGACUAUUAAUUCAGAGAUAAAUUUUGAAAAUAUCAAGUACCUCUACAAGUAUGUGAAACAGCAUAGUAAAUGGUAUCAGGAGAAUGACUGUAUAAAUCGACAUUACUUCAACUAUUUGUUGCUGGAUCCACGGGUUACCAAUAAUCUGAGGGAACGGGCAAGAAAUCUUCAUAAAAUCGAUGUUUGGUACACUUUCCUUCGAGCCAUUUUCUACGUAGGAAAAGGCAAGGCCACUCGCCCUUAUGUUCAUCUUAAAAGAGCCCAGAAAUCGAUGGAUGAAGUAAACAGCUUUACGUUAGUCAAGGACCCCAAAUUAGCCUUAAUAGUGUCGAUUUGGAGGGCCAAACGUGGGGUCUUAUUACUACAGACAUUCCGAGGCAUCUCGUCACAAGAUGCGCAAACUCGUGAGGCUUCUAUUAUCGAUGCUCUCAGUAUGAAUCACUUGACCAACCGGCGGUUGGGUGUUUACUGCGGUCAAGCUCGAAGUAGUUUAUCAAAUAAGGAGCGAAAGUAUCUGGGAAUAGCUUUGCUCUAUAAACUGAUGGGAAAAUUCUUAGCAACCGAAGAGAGUGAACUGUAUCCUUUAAAGAACACGAAAACUGUUGAGGACAAGAAUGCAAUGGAAGCAUAAAAUAAAUUUUAAAAUAUC